AUGCGCUGCGAGGACGAGGACCUUCGCAAAGCUUUCAGAGAUGGCGUCCUCUUCGAUGUGGCUGAGCAAGUGACGGUCUGCUUGAGUGAGGCAAACCAGAGCCACAGCUGUUUCCAGUCACCUGAGCUACGGCACCUGAUUGCUGGGGUGCUUGGCGUGGCAAAUGAGACGGUAACGGAGUCGGAUGUCUACGAGUUCUUAGAGGAGGCCGCUCGCCAGGAAGCUUACAGGCUCCUCAAGGAAUGCAACACCACAAUCACGACACGUGCUGAGUGCAAAGAGCAGGCGAGAAGGGCCCGGGCAGAGCUCACAGGCCGCAACAUCAGUGAGAUCGACGACUUCAAGAUGGGGUUGGAAACCUUGCAGGAAGCCGUUGAGGAACUCUCAGAUCAGAUGGUUGCUUGUGUGGAGGACAGUGGUGACAAUGCAACCCUCCGCGAAGCCUGCAAAGAUGUUCUCGUGCAAGCUGCCUUAGACGUCCUUGGCACAAACUGGACUGCUGCACAGGUCGAGAUAGCGCUCCGCCAUGCUGCCAGCAAGAAGGCCCAGGAAAUUGGUCGAGAUUGUGAAAGGCCGCGGGAUGAGUGCAUGGAGCUCGUGAGGGAGCGAGCUGCUGAAGCGAUGGGCAAACGCAAGGAGGACAUCACCGAUAUGGAGGUCGAGAGAUUUAACCUUGCGGGUGCGCGGGAUGCCGCCCUGGAUGUGGCCAAGGCAUGUAGCGCGGCAAGGCAAGCUGAUGCCAGUGCCGAGUGCGGUGGUGUUGUUGAGGCCUUUCGGUCCACCCGCAACGAGAACAAGUCAAGUGACCCGAAAACAGAUGAGGCAGAGUCGCGGACCAUCAAGCAGGCUGUCAUGAAAGACAUGAACAAGGAUGCAAUGACAGUCUGCCUCGAGGAGCCUUCCCAAGAAAUCGUCAAGAUGUGCCUUGACAGGCUGCUGCAAGAUGCAGACAAGGUUGGUGAUGUUCUUUUCGAAGAUCUCCCACCGCAGAGACAGCAGGCCAUGAAGCGGCGCGCGCAGAAGGAUGCUGCUGUUGAGGUGGUUGGCGACCGAUUUCAAGCCUGCAUGGAGACUGCAGUCGAUGAUGCUGCAAAGGCAGCCUGCGAAGGUGAGCUUGUCACGAAGGUGGCAGUUGCUGGGUUGGUUGAGACUGUCAAAGAUGUCGUCAAGCGAUACCGGCGUGAGGUGGUUGCCGAGGCUGUGAUGUCGUGCAAUGCCACUUCCCGAAGCAGCUGUGCCGAGGAGGCCAAGGAACAGUUGCGUAAGGGUGGGAUGAAGGUAGCCACAUUUGCUAUGCUGCAAAGACUCGCCUUCAUCAAGUCUGCUGCGGAGUUCUGGGCAUCCUGCAUGGCCAACGAGACUACUGGCAAUGAGACUUGCCAUAACCUCACGCAAAUUGCGAUGGAGGACAUGGUAGGAUCAGGUGAUCUCUGGACGCCCAGGAUUGUGGCCAGGGUGAUGAAACUGGGUCAGGCGCUACUGGACGGAAUCGAUACCGUUCUGGUGUAUUUGAAGCUGCUGGACGUCCUGGUGGAAUCCAGUGCCUCAAACUGCUCGGACAGUGUCCUGGAUGCCAUCGCAGAUCAGGUGGAGAAUGUCAGCAGCAUCUUCAAGCCCCAUCCCAGCGGUGCACCAAGAAAUGCCACCAGGAAGAUUUGCCAGCUUGUGUAUGGUAGACCGAACUAUGGCCUCCAGGUCGAAGUAGAGGAGCUGAAUGAUACAGAGAUUGAAGAGCUGGCUGACGAAGUUGUAGUACAAGUCCUGCCGAGUGGAGGGCGACGCCUAUCCACAGCGUCCUACACCACAUAUGCUUCACAGGAUGUGGAGGAGACUCAGUCCGACAACUCAACCACCACAGCGACCACCACAACGACCACCACAACCACUACCACAACCACUACCACAACCACGACCAGUGAGUCGAUGUCAUCAACAUCCUCAGCAAGCUCCUCGACCAGUGCGGCCGGAAACGAGACGUCUUCAAACGAGACGACCGCGACCACCACGACUACGGUGCAGCAAGCUGUGUCUUGGGCCACAGCAUGCAACUUUGGUGGAUUUCUGAUUUUCUUAAUUGUGCAGCCCUUCAUGUGA